UUUCAUUCAAAGUCCCAUGAUGCUUAGCGAGAAAAUGGCUGACCGAGAAUGACACACGCUGUAUUUUUCUAAUUAAUACAUUCCUCAUAGAAAUAUAGACUUAAACACGUAGCUUGUGAUGUUCGGGUGUUUAAUGUAAACGAUGCUUUCUUGAAUCACGGAGGCAGAAGCUUGAUUUGUGUUUAUCAUUGUCUUGAUCCUAACGCGUGUUUUUAACAUCACAACAUGGCCACAGUCGCAGCUAAACGCGAGGGAUCGCAGUUCAUCGGCGAGGUGGCCGUCAGAGGAAACAACGCUGUGCUCGACUACUGCCGCACGUCCGUGUCCGCUCUCUCCGGCGCCACAGCGGGCAUCCUCGGCCUAACGGCACUCUACGGCUUUGUGUUUUAUUUCCUUGCUUCUUUUCUGCUGUCCUUGCUCCUGAUUCUCAAAGCCGGCCGCCGAUGGAACAAGUGCUUCAGAUCUCGACGUCUGCUCUUCACCGGGGGCCUGGUGGGCGGCCUCUUCACUUACGUGCUGUUCUGGACUUUCCUCUACGGAAUGGUGCAUGUGUACUAAAGGAACUCGGACAGUACAGCAGCCGUGUAGAUGUACAACAGUAUGAUGCUAGAGAAGAUGCCUCAGGGCAGAGAGUGCUGAUUGAUGUACCACAGAUUUUGUCAGUAAGCUUACUUGUGUUUAGCCAAUAAAACGUAACAUAUUUUCUAAGUACUAAUUGCACUGAAAUU